AACUCAGGCAUUCCUUUCCUCAGCCAGACACAAACCCAGUGACACCUCACAUCGCGUUGAGCACGGGAUGAUAACCUGUUUUUUUUUUUGGUUUUUUUUUUGGUCUCUUUCCCAGCUUUUUCCCAGCUUUUUUCCCAGCUUUUCCCCCAACACCUCUCCAAGGAUGUCCUACUACUACGAGCAGUGCAAGCAGCCCUGCCUGCCCCCUCCCAUCUGCCUGCAGAAAUGCGCCAAGUGCCCCGAGCCCUGCGCCACCCAAUGCGUCGAGGUCUGCCAGGCCCCCUGUGCCACCGGCUGUGCCACCCAGUGCGUGGAGCCCUGUGCCACCCAGUGUGCCACCAGCUGCGUCCCUCAGUGCGUGGACGUCUGCCCCGCCCAGUGUGCCACCGGCUGCGCCCCGCAGUGCGCGGACGUUUGCGUCCCGCAGUGCGUGGACGUCUGCCCCGCCCAGUGUGCCACCGGCUGCGCCCCGCAGUGCGUGGACGUCUGUGCCACCCCUUGUGCCACCCAAUGUGCCACCAGUUGCGUCCCCCAGUGCGUGGACGUCUGCCCCGCCCAGUGCCCCGAGCCUUGUGUCACCAAGUGCGUGGAGCAGUGCCAGGCCGAGGUUUGCAGCACCAAGUGCGUGGAGAAGUGCGAGACCGUGUGCCUGGAGCCCUGCUCCCGUCCCUGCUGAUCCGGAGCCGCUGAGGAGCCGGAGCCACGCGGUUCCGGGAUGAAGAACGCGGCGCAGA